CAUCUCCCACAAUCCCCUGCCGCCGAGUGGGGUCACGUGGCUCGCGGACGCCGGUGUCAGCAGUCUGACAGCAACAAACAAACGGCGGAUUUAAACUUUCAGCGUCACUUUUCUCCCUCGUUCUGCUCUCGGAUUGGACCGCAGUCUCGUUUAAGCACUUUUCCGCGGCUCCGCUCCGGGCGGUAGUCGCUCGCGAUGACUCCGCCGCUGUCCGUUGGAGGAAGAGGAAGAGGAAGGAGCCGCCGACGACGACGAUGAUGAUGAUGAGGCUGAGGGUGACAUGCAGUUAGCUGGCUGCCUGGCUGGCUGACGGACGGACCGGAGCCUGCGGCGGCCGAGGGGCUCCAGCAUGCCGCGGAGGAAGCAGUCCAACCCGCAGCCGCUGAAAGCGGAGGACGGAGCGGCGCCGAGCGAGCCGGGCCGCCCGGUUCUGGAGAGCGACUUCCUGCUGAACGGGGAUCUGGAGUUUGGAGACUCGGAGAUCAUGGGGCUGGACAGAGACGGAGGUGUGACGGUGUUCUCCCUGAGCGUGGAGGAGGACGCGGCCUCUUCGGCCUCCGCCUUCCCGGCGCUCCUCUCCUGCAGGAGCUGCGGUCAGCUGCUGGGGGACACGCCUCUGGGAGCCGGCCUGGGCCUCGGUGACUGCUCCUCACCUCCAGUUUUAGGCGCUACACCUUUGACACCUCCGUCUCCGUCUCACUGUCUGCGGUGUUUUCCAGGUGUGGGGCUGGACCUGGGGGCGGAGCUUUACUGCCUCACCUGUGAGGAGAACCGGCAGAGCUCCGCCUCCAACGGAGCCGGCAGGAAGAAGAAGAAAGCCGUGGCUAAGACCGCCGCCCCCUCCAAGCUGUUCUCCUGCUCGCUGUGCUCCUUCACCUCGCGCUACUCCAACCACCUGAAGCGCCACAUGAGGACGCACGACGGCCAGAAGCCGUUCUGCUGCCCCGUCUGCCCCUACGCCUCCGCCCAGCUCGUCAACCUGCAGCGCCACCUGCGCACCCACACCGGGGAGAAACCCUACCGCUGCCCGCAGUGCAGCUACGCCUGCAGUUCCCUGGGCAACCUGCGGAGGCACCAGCGCAUGCACGCCCAGGAGAGGCCGCCGAGGAGGGAGAAGGAGAAGAAGCGGGGGAGGAGGAGGAAGCAGGAAGGUGGGAGUGAUGGAGCAGAGCUGACGCUCGGCGUGUCCAGGGACUCCUCCUACCUGCGCACCCUGGGGGGCCUGGGCUCCCCCGCCGGGCCCCUCCCGGUCCUCCUCUUCCCCCUGUGCUGCCGGCUGUGCGGCCUCACCCUGGAGGAGGCCGACCUGGAGGGGCAGAAAGGCGAGGCGGAGGCCGACAGAGGCCAGGUGUGCCGUCGCUGCUCCCCGCCCCCCAAAGACGGGGGCGCCCCCCGCGGGUCCCGCCGCCGUCAGAGGGGCGCCAAGCGCUACCGCUGCCCCUACUGCCCCUUCCUGUCCCACUACCCCAACCACCUGAGCCGCCACUCCCACACCCACUGCCAGGAGAAGCCGCACCGCUGCCCCCACUGCCCCUACGCCUCCGCCCACCUGGACAACCUGAAGCGGCACACGCGCGUGCACACGGGCGAGAAGCCCUACCAGUGCCCGUCCUGCAGCUACGCCUGCGGCAACCUGGCCAACCUGCGGCGCCACGAGCGCAUCCACUCGGGGGCCAAGCCCUUCCACUGCGGCGUGUGCGGCUACUCCUGCAACCAGAGCAUGAACCUGAAGCGCCACAUGCUCAGGCACACGGGCGAGAAGCCGUACGCCUGCGCCCGGUGCGGCUACACCACGGGCCACUGGGACAACUACAAGCGCCACCAGAGGAAGCACGCCGCCGAGGAGACGGAGGGUCCUCAUCCGUCAGGAGAGACGCCACAGAAGACGGGCGACUGAAGCCGCCGUUCCCUCAGCAGAUUGUCUAAAUGUGGCAGACACAGAUUUCUGCCCCCCGUGGCGUCGGCGGAUAGAAACGGCCGGAGCUGCAGCUCACAGGGAAACACCGCAGUGCCUGUCCUGUUCCCCGUCUGCCUUUUUACGCAUUAAAACAUGAAACGACACUUUCUGAUUCCCUCUAAUGCUCUGAAUGUGUCUGCUGGCCUGCAGAUCAGAGGCUGACGUUGAGCUCAGGUGCCUUUAACAGACUGAACCGCUGCUGCAGCUGCUUUAAAACGCCAUUAAGGCGCUUUAUUAAGGCUCUUUAUGCUUUAUUAAGGCUCUUUAUGCUUUAUUAAAGCG